AUGGUGACAAACUGCCUGCGCAUCAAGUGGACAGGAGCGGCGGGCGCAUUGAGGUCCCAUGACCUUCUUCCGGUCGGCGCUGCUACGUCUCUGCCGCCGUGGCUCGCUGCCCCGCCGACGGCGACGGGGGCCAAGGCGAGGCGCCAGCGCUCUCGCGACCUCUGCGUGCCCGAGAUGGCCCGCGUCGAUUGGUGCGGACAGGUGGUGCAACGGAGCCGCAGCAGCGUGCAAUUGCCCGUGAAAGCUCGGUUGCGGAUGAGCCCUCCCGAGCAGGCGCAGCGUUUGCGCGAGGGCGGUCUCCUGGGCGACAUGAAGGGCGCGCGCUGCCAGCAGCGCAGCGAGGACGUCCAGCGCGGGGCGCGGGCCCGCAAACGCUUCGCCAAGGAAGCCGUCUACGGGCCCCCGACCAUGAAGGGCGACAAAAAUGGGGCAGCUCUGCCAGGGGGGCGCGGCUCCUUUGAAAAGGGCCACGGCGUGCUACAAGCGCGGGCGCCGCCGCCGGGCAGCGCCCGCCACGGGCGGCGAGACGUCGACGUGGCCCGCGGCUUGGGCGCGAGCGAGAAGACGGCGACCCGCCGCGUGAAUUUCGCGAGGUUCAUCAUGGGCGAAUCGGCUCAGGAGGAACAGAAGUCCGCGCGCUUCGGGGGCAGGGCCGAUGGGCGAACCACUCUGAUUGCGGCGGACGAAGCCGCCAUCGCCCGCUACAAUGUCGAGGAGGACGGUAUGCGUGUCUGGCACUGGUGCGUGGCC